AAGGCCACAACAACAGCUGUGCUUGGGGCAGCCCUCCUCACCCUCGACUUGCUUGCCAGCCGGGUCCAAUCGUGUGCUACGCUCGUGUUCGAUCUGGAAAUCAGGGAAUCUUGUCUUUCAGUGCCAUUCCAUCCCUUCAACUGCAACAUCCUCUUCCCCUGCACCCACAACCCGUCAACUCAAGCCAGUCAUCAUCAUGGACAUGGAUCCGUCAGGCUCAGGUGGCUGGCGAUUUGCGCAAUGCUUCGGUGACAAAGGCGACGUGGAAGACAUCACUGAAGCCGACAUUAUAUCGACCGUCGAGUUCGAUUCAACUGGAAAUUACCUCGCAACAGGAGACAAGGGCGGUAGAGUCGUCCUCUUCGAACGGAACGAGUCUAAAAAAAGCUGCGAGUACAAGUUCUACACCGAGUUUCAAUCACACGAACCAGAGUUCGACUAUCUAAAGUCACUAGAAAUCGAGGAGAAGAUCAAUAAGAUCAAGUGGUGCAAACGACAGAACACCGCCCAUCUCCUCUUGACUACCAACGACAAAACGAUCAAGUUGUGGAAGGUUUUCGAGAAGUCGUUACGCGUGGUCUCAGAGACAAACCACUACGAAGGGCAACGAGCACUACCACCGCCCAGCUUACGGACUCAUCUCAAACUUCCUCGCAUGAUGUUCCAGGAAAACAUCAUCGCUGCACUCCCCCGUAAAGUUUACGCGAAUGCACACGCAUACCACAUUCAUUCCAUAUCCGUUAAUUCGGACCAGGAAACGUUCAUCUCUGCCGAUGAUCUCCGUGUCAACCUUUGGAAUCUUGGCAUCAGCAAUCAAAGCUUUAAUAUCGUGGAUAUCAAGCCCGUCAACAUGGAAGAACUCACGGAAGUCAUCACUGCAGCAGAGUUUCAUCCCCAACAGUGCAAUGUCUUCAUGUACUCUAGCUCGAAAAGCAACAUUAAGCUGGCGGACAUGCGGGACUCCGCACUGUGCGAUCGGCACGCAAAAUGCUUCGAGGAGGAGGAAGACCCCUCUACGCGUUCAUUCUUCUCGGAAAUCAUUUCAUCUAUAUCCGAUGUCAAAUUCAGCCACGAUGGACGGUACAUCUUGUCGCGAGAUUACCUAUCACUGAAGAUCUGGGACAUCAAUAUGGAGUCCAAACCCGUCAAAACCAUUCCCAUCCACGAUCAUCUUCGCGGGAAACUCUGCGAUCUAUACGAGAACGACUGCAUCUUCGAUAAGUUCGAGUGUGUCUGGGGUGGUGAUGACAAGCACGUGUUAACUGGAUCGUACCACAACUUCUUCCGGAUAUUUGACGUGGAUUCUCCCAACGAUGUCGUAUUGCAAGCCGAUAAGUCGGCAUUCAAGGCGAAGAAGAUAGGCGGGCCUUUGCCGAAUAAGAACGGCUUGAAGAAUGGGCGACCAGGUGGCUUGAGAGAAGCGAUGCAGUCUGAGACGCUUGACUUUAACAAGAAGAUCCUUCACGCGAGCUGGCAUCCGAGGGAAAAUACUAUUGCUAUCGCAGCGACGAACAACCUGUUUUUGUAUAGUGCAGCAUGAAGUUGUGCCUCUCCGUACUAAUUGACAAUCCUCUCAUAAUGUCGUCGGACACACGCAAGGGUUUAAACCAAAUAGACCGGAAGUGGGCUUCGUGAUGAUCCUGCGUUUUCGCCUUAUCACCUCGGAUGAUGAUAUUUUUUACUUUCAGCUUGGCCUGUACUUGGGACGCGCCAUGCACAUGUCGAACUCAUGAUUACGACUAC